AUGUCUGAACGCUCAAACAUCUCCGGCGACCUCAUCUGGGAGGUUGUCCGCAACAGCAAUGCCUACCUAGUCAAGCACAGCGCGGCCGGCGGUGUCCAAUUCUCUCGCGACCCAUUCAACCUGGUCAACAAGCACUCGCGAAAGUAUGAUGGCUUUGUCAACGACAAGGCUGUGUCCGUCCAGCCGAACGAGAAGGGUGGCGUCACCUUGAAGACCAAGAAGCCCGGCAAGGCCUACAAGCCCGCGUCGGCAUACAACGAACACGCCUACGGCAGCACUGUGUCGAACCGAAAGCUCUACAAGAACAUCGCAGACGCUGUUGGCAAGAACUCCUACCGAGGAGACCUGAACAAAGCCGCCGUUGCUCGUGCCAGUGCCAUCAAGCUCUCCCAGCGCCCGAAGAAGGAGACUCCGGAGAGAAAGCCCCGUGGUUUGAAGGGACACAAGACCGAAGCUUAA